AUGGGAAGUGAAAGCCAGCCCCUCCGCAACUCCGGCAUCUACCACAACCUCCCCACCUUCUCGCCAUCCAUCAAGAACCUGACCGCCAUCGUCACCGGCGCUAAUGGCAUCUCAGGAUUCCACACGGUCAGGGCCUUGCUAGACAGUCCGCAGCGAUGGAGCAAGAUCUAUGCCAUGAGUCGCAGUCCGCCGCCCAAGGUCAUGAUGGAUCUGUUGACGGAGGAGCAGAGGGCGAAGGUGCAGCAUGUCAAGAGUGAUUUCUUGGAGGAUAGCGAAGUUUUGGCGAAGGCUAUGAAGGACGCUGGGGUUGAGAAGGUUGAUUACGCCUUCUUCUACUCCUACCUCCAGCCCAAACCUCCACCAAACUCGCCUCCCUGGUCCAACGCAGAAGAGCUCUGCAAGGUCAACACUGCCCUUCUCAAGAACUUCCUCGGCGCUCUACCUUUGGUUAAUCUCAAGCCCAAGCGGAUCCUCUUACAGACCGGCGCAAAGAACUAUGGUGUUCAUUUGGGACGAGCCCGUGUGCCGUGUUUGGAGUCUGAUCCGCAGCCGAAAUCGCUGGCGCCGAACUUCUACUACCCACAGGAGGAGGUGCUCUUCGACUAUUGCAAGAAUAAUCCAGAGACGAAAUGGAACAUCAUAAUGCCAGCCUGGAUCAUCGGCGCUACCACCAAUGCUCAGAUGAAUGCCCUGCACCCCUUCGCCAUCUACGCCGCCGUCUCCGCCCACAAUUCUGAACCUCUGGUCUUCCCCGGCGACUGGGACUCUUGGCAAGGCGAUGCGCACCACUCCUCCGCCCGCCUCACAGGCUAUCUGUCCGAAUGGGCGAUUCUCGAGGAGAAGUGCGCCAAUCAGCGCUUCAACUCCCAGGACACCAGCCCGGUCUCGUGGGAUCGGUACUUCGAGCGUCUGGCGACCUGGUUCGGCGUCAAAGAGGGAGUCACUCCCCCGGCAGACUCGAAUGAGGGAUAUGGCGCGUUCGAAGGAAAAGGUGGGAAGGAGACGCCUAUGGGCUAUGGCCCACCUGUCGUCUCUCGCGCGAAGUUCACGUUGAGUGCCUGGGCGCGCAAGGACGAAAAUAAGAAGGCGUGGAGGGAGAUCAUGGAGGCUUCGGGCGGAAAGGUCACGCAUGAUCCGUUUGAGGAUGUUGAGGCGAAUUUCACGUUUGGAGACGGGGCGUUCAUUAGGGUUGGGUGCUUGGGGAUGAAUCGGGCAAGGAGGUUGGGGUGGAGUGGGUUUGUUGAUACAGUUGAGGCUGUGUGGGAGAUGUAUAUGGAAAUGGGAGGCAACGGUAAGGGAGGACUUGGGAUGGUGCCGGAGAUGAAGGUCAAGGACUCGUUGCCGCUGAUUUAA